AUGGAAGGACACCCAGAUGGAAGAAGGAAAAGAGGCAGGCCUAGACUUCGUUGGCUGGAAGACGUUGAAAACGAUCUUAGGAGCAUGGAUGUCGGAUGGAGAGAGGCAGCUAAAGACAGGCCAGUUUGGAAGAAGAUUCUUCCAAGGAGGCAAAGGUUCUGCAACGACCAUCAAAUGAUGAUGGUGGUAGUAAAGUCGGAAAAUGGUAGUUGGUUGUCUCUGUUGCUAAACUAA